AGGCUGCCGGCCAAAAUGUGCUCCUCCGCCUCUGAUGCAGAAUUCGAUGCUGUGGUUGGCUACUUGGAGGACAUUAUCAUGGAUGACGAGUUCCAGUUGUUACAGAGGAAUUUCAUGGACAAGUACUACCAGGAAUUUGAAGACACAGAAGAGAAUAAACUCAUCUACACGCCUAUUUUUAAUGAAUAUAUUUCUUUAGUGGAAAAGUACAUCGAAGAACAGCUACUGGAGCGGAUUCCUGGCUUCAACAUGGCGGCCUUCACGACAACCUUACAGCACCACAAGGAUGAGGUGGCCGGUGACAUAUUCGACAUGCUGCUCACGUUCACCGAUUUUCUGGCUUUUAAAGAAAUGUUUUUGGACUACAGAGCAGAAAAAGAAGGCCGGGGACUGGAUUUAAGCAGCGGUCUUGUGGUGACAUCACUGUGCAAGUCAUCCUCCCUGCCCGCUUCCCAGAACCACCUGCGGCACUAGGUCCCCUCCAGCAACGGGAUUGUUCAACAUCAGCCCAGGGCACGGGAGAGGCGUCAGCUACAGCUGGCGACAGGAUAGAUCUUGGGGAGACCGGCUCUGUUCCGCAAUCCUUCGUUAACAUCAAGUAUUGAUGGAGGGAAAAAUAUGGUAUGACCCUCCUGAGACCCGUUUCUUCAGAAAACCCUUGUGUUCGUAACCCUAGUGCUCCUCCCUCGGUGGGCAUCUCUCUCGGGGGCUUGAGUCAGCACCUGUGGACAAGUCCACGCCAAGCAUUCCACCUGGGGGCUGCUUCCCCCGCACACGUUGGGGUGUCACAUCCGUGGGUUUCCCUGGUUGGGAGCAUUUAUCUGGGGUGUUCUCAAGCUGCUGCCGGACUUGAAGCUUCUGGAGCUCCUCUCACCACCGAGAGUCUUGGCUGUCUGAGUCACCGAGAAAGAUGUCCUUUACCCAAAAGCUACAUGUCCGAGUCAACGCCUAGUUUCACAUCCGCAGUCCCCAGUCCCCGUGUCACUGUCUUCUGGUCCUGAUGUAGCCCCCCGUUUCCAGAACUCUCCUUUAAGCAUUUUUGAAAGAAACUAUUUUUAUAGAUGAAUACUCAGGCUAACCUAGUGGAUAUAAUCUUGGAAGUUCCACGAUUACCCACUUCAAGAUCAAAGUAUUAUAUGCUUUUUAGUUGUUAGUGCCGCGAACGUGGAUGCUCCGUUGGCGCCCGCGAGUGUGUGCUUCCGCUGAAGUAGGUCAGGUCCCCUUUGCUCAGCAUGUGGUGUUCGUGCAGGCUCGCGCCAGCUUUUCCUGUAUAAAUCCAGCUUUUUCUGUAUAAAUCCAGCUUUUUCUGUAUAAAUCCAGCUUUUUCUGUAUAAAUCUGAUGGUUAGGUUUUCUGUUGGAACAGAGGGUCUGCAAUGCUUUCCUGUCAAAACCUUCCCACCAGCACAGUGUCUGCUGUUUAGCUCGGCUCCCGGUGUGCACCUUAGAUGUUUUUUAAAAUAAAAAUAAGAAUCUGUACUGACUUCAUGUGGCUGUUCUGGUUUUAAAGAAUGAGCUGUAUAGAGGCUGUGUGUUUCUGUACUGAUGUGGCGCUCAUUAAGUGCUUUUGUAUCGUUAAGUAAAAUUGAGGUGUUUUGCAAGAACCAACUCA